GAAAGGAGGCAGUUCCCUCCCAGUGGCGUAUGUCUUAUCAUACUCAGCGCUUCCCCAGUGUAAACAUCGCAGGAAGAAUAAUUGCCCUUGAAUCAUUCUGUCGCUGGGUCCGUCCCAGUCAUCAUUUCCGUUCUCGACUCCAUCCGGGACGACGAGCAGCUUCUCGGAGUCCCGCCUCUUCUGCUCUGUUGUCAGGAAGAGACUCUUUAUCUUGCAGGAAAUCCGAAAAUCAGUUCGUUUCUUACCAGCGUUCGUCACUUCCUCCACAGAAUUAAUUUGGCCUCGGAAAUGUCGAAUUCAUUGAUUUCUUUGUCUCUGCUCGUUGGUCUUUCCCUCGCACUGCAGCCAGGUCUCGAAUACCGAUAUCGCUACAAUGGAAGAUUGGCAACGGGGAUUAUUGAAAAGAGACAUCAGCUCGCUGCCGUUGGGAUGGAAAUGGAUGUGACCGUUCAGAUGGCUAUGGAUCUCAAACUCUCAGUGAAGUUUGAUAACAUCAUAGUGGGAAACUUUCAUGGCGAUCACAGCUGUGAUCUCCGAAGACCAAUUCCCAUAGCUUACACGAGCCUGGAAGAAGGAAAAGAUUUAUUACAGUAUCCAUUUUUAGUUCUGCUAAAUGGCAAGAAUGAGAGCUUCAUGGAUGUUCCAGUGGAUGAACCUGCCUGGGUGACGAAUAUACGUAAAGCUGUCAUAGGCAUGUUCCCCUUCAAAGCUCUCUGGGAGGAAAUGAAGAAAAAUAAACAUGGGUUUCCAGAAGCAUAUUUUGGUAAAGAUGAGGACCUCAUUGGAGAGCGAUGUAUGAGUUGGUACACAGCAAUGCAGAUUCCAGAACAUGAUAUUGCAUUCAUCAGAGAUGAGAUGGAAUCUGAACUGGAGGAGGAUAUUCAGAGAGAAAGCUUAAUUUCAUCUGCCAGUUACAAGACAUCAAAGGACCAAAAAGAAGCAGAAACUUCUCAUCAGGAGGAGGGAGUGAUGAGAGAAACUGAUGUUCCACCUCUGCAGGACAAAUUGUGGAUUGUUACAAAAACCAUUGACUAUCAUAUGUGUAACAAGCCAGUGGAAGUGACUCUCAGUGGAAAUAAGGAGAGUGAGGCUUCAAUCAGCAGAACAUCAGUGUCUCGCUACAUUAUAAGAGGAGAUUCACAAGGAAUUAGGAUGGAAAAUGCAAUAGCUGAAGGUGCCAUAUCAGUCUUCGGUGGCAGCAGUGUAUCUCAGUUUCAUAUUGACACUUUGACAAAUCAGACAUUGCAGCUAAGAGCAGUGAGUGUCAUCCAGAACAAGAUCUCUGUUGACCAUGCAACAAGACAGAUACAUUCAUUGCACUAUCAAGGGGAUUCGAUGCACCGCCAAGAUGAAGGCCCAAACCGUUACUUUCAUUUUGAAGAGAAGUUGUUGGGAGCUCAAAGAAGAGGAGACAAUGUUGAGGAAUUAAAGGAAAAACUUUUCUCUGCUUUGGAUGAAUUGUCUUCACCCAUGAACAACUUGGUAACUGCAAUGGACACUGCAGUCCAGGUCAUUUUAUACCUAUCUUAUGAGGAGAUAGACUUUGUUUACGAAUUGCUCCAAGAGAGAGUUUUAUCUGUAGGUAAAGGGGAAACUUCUCAAGAUUCCCGGUCAGCUCAGCUAAAUGUCAAACACUUCAAAAUGGCACUAACAUUAGGGGGAUCAGAACCGGCAAUAAAAUUUUUGCUAGAUUUACUGGAAGAUGAUGUCACAAGAAGAAGUGAUAACUUUGUGUACUUCUUCUUCAAGCAAAUUGGUACAACUUUAAAAGCACCGAAUCUCAUCCCAAGGAUAAUGAAAUUAGCAACCUUGAUGUCCUGGGAAUCGGACGAGGACCUUGCAAAGACUAUGGCGCUCACUUCAGCUGCAUCUCUUUUUGGCAUAGAGGGAAGAAAGACCAAGUUAAAAAACUCAGCCGUGCAAGAUGAGACGAGGGGCACUGUCGAAAGGAUGGAUACAUUUUUCAUUUCUUACCUUAAGGAAGGAAUUCAGAAUGCUUCCCUUUCUACAUGGCAGCGUGUGAUAUAUAUACAAUCACUUCUCAAUACAGGCACACCACAUUCCCUGGAGAUUCUGCAUCCAAUAAUCCUUGGCAUUGAGGAUGAACCAACCUACUUCAGAACUACAGCAAUGGCAGCUCUUUCAUCGCAUCUGCUACCUGAAACAGCACAGGAAAUGGUGUUCAGCUUACUAACGCCACUCAUGGAGAACACGGGAGAAGCACCUGAGGUGCGUGGGAUGGCUUUCCUUACCAUGGCAUCGUGGCACCCUGGUCCGAGCUGGUGGAAAAGAAUGGCCCUCUCCACUUGGCAUGAACCCUCACUUCAUUUUGCCAAUCUUGUUUCUUCAACCAUUGGGAGCAUUGCCCAGAGUGAUGGAGAGAUGAAAGAAAUGGUGACACGUGUAGCUUACUUGGCCAGACCUGGUAAAGGUGUUUCCCUCAGUCUGUCCACGAGCUUUUAUCUAGAAAACUACCUGUGGUUGGAUUGGGCCAAAAGAGACACGAGCAUAGUUUGGCUUGCCAGUACAGAAGGGAUCAUACCAACACAUAUUUUCAUAAGUUAUGAACUGCAAAGGCUACAAGGAUUCCCUUCUGUAACGAAGAUUGCUAUGUCACAGCAAAACAUGGACUUUUUCCUAGAGCUCAUAAAACAGUACAGAGAUCAGUUCAAGUAUGGGGAUGAGCGGCCCGAAGGAAGAGAUGAGCUGUUUCAAUUGACAUUUGAUAUCAUUAUGGAACUAGGGAUGAAGAUUAGGGGAUUUCCAAGUAGUGCUGAGUGGUUCUUGAAAAGCAACAAUAAUUUCCUCCAUGCAAAGACUGUGGAAUUCUUUGGAGGAGGAGUGAUUUUUGGUUUCAUUCGUCAGUUCCAGAGAUACUUAUCCCAAGUAUUUGAUAACCUUUAUUAUGAAAAAUCAAUUGAUACGACCUACUCCUACCCAACUGACUUGGGAAUCCCAUUCAUUGUACAGUUCUCAUCACAGAAAGCCCUCAGAGUCACAACCGUUAGUGAGCCACUAUCAGAUUCUGAUUCAUUUAGUGAAGAGGAGAGUGAAGGAAGUUACCGUUUUACUGUUCAAGUCAGCCAGGAGACAGCCAUCAACACCAAAACAUUAGUUCCAUGGUUAAAGUCAUCCGUGGGGUCAGGAAUUCGCAAUGAAGCGAAUGUUAUUCUACCUUUAACAGCACGCUUUGCUGGCAUACUCCAAACUUAUCAAGGAUUUCUAAAGAUCACACUCCCAAAUUACAAUGGUAAUUUGUUAACAGCAGCCAAUCACCCCUAUACUGUUCUGUACAAGAGUCUAUUGCCACUAAAAUCUCAUAUAGAAGAGAAACACAUCAAUAAAACUGGUGGUGAAAAAAUCGAGAUUUAUGAGAGAGUGAUGCCAUGGAUUGGGAGCUGGAUAGAAUCUUGUUUUAAUGGAGAGGAUGAAUUACCUGAUGUGUUUGCUGUCUUGAGUGGAAAUCACAGCUUCUUGACUCCAUCCUCUUCAAACUGGAAUUAUAGACUUACUUUUGAAGCAGAGGCAUCAGAUACCAAAAGUAUAACAUUCAGCUUUACAUAUGCUCCAGCAGUGAAGAAACUUCAAGGAAGUGCUGACGAAACGGACACAAUUGGCCAUGAGUCUGAAAAAAGUUCGGAAUAUUCAUCCUCUUCUCAUGAUGGAGGUGUGAUGAAGGAAGGCCAGGAGAUCUUGCAGUUCAUCAAGCAGCUGCAAGCAAAAGAGUCAGAUGUGGGUAACAUCAAGACAAUUGGCCUAAGCAUGAGGACAUCAGGAUCAGUUGAUCUUAAGUACAGAGUGUAUACAACGAUCAUUGAAAAUGACUCCCAAGAGAUGCAAGACACCAGAUUUAAACUGUUAUUUUAUCACGAUACGCCCAUGGGACUUGCCAGUGAAACAUUUAUGACUUGCUUUGAUGUUGGUUUCCAAAGACCAGAUAUCCUUCCAUUGACCUCGGUAGAAGAAAUUCUGAACAAGGACUUCAAGUCACAACUCUUGGGAAAGGUUUGGCAUGGUAGAUCGUGUGAAGAGGCAAAUUUAGUUUUGGACAUAAAGGGAAACAUGGCAAUAUCAAAAUAUCAGAUGGACUUUGUGAGAGACAAUUUGGAGAAAGGAUGCGAAUACAACCCAGAAUUCCCUCUGAAGGAUGUAAUAACAUCACAGUUGUAUGACACAAUCACACUAGAAGGUACCCAUCGAGAGAAUUUUCGAGAAUCCUGGAAAGAGUUAAUAAUUAUGAUCUAUGACUGGACAACAGCAAGAAUUCCACCACAAUAUCGCCACUACCCUGAAGAUCACAGAUCAAAGACUUUUAGAAUCAGGGCAACAAAAUACCCUGGUACAAACAUCUAUAGAAUUCGUCUAACAUUGCCACGGGAGUUCACAAUCUAUAGUGUAUCAGUUCCACCUUUCUUAGGAUUCUUAGCAUCACCCAGUGAAAUGUUGACUCAUCGUGUCCUCAAUGGUAGGAAUCCAGGAGCAUGUGCUGUCUCUACUGGCAAGGUCCAUACUUUUGAUGGAGAGAAAUUCCCUGUUGAGCUGAACAGCUGCUGGAAGGUGGCAGCUGCCGAUAUUUCCACAAACUCCAUCCAAAUCCAUGUUCGCCACAGUGACCAAUGGGAGGCCAAGGUCUUGUGGGUUGACAGGGGACUAAGGUUUGAUCUGUCUAGCUCCUCAAUCCAAGUUAAUAAUAAAGCUCCCAGUGAAAUGAGUGAAAUAUACCGAUUUGUCUAUUCGGACAAUGCUGUUUUGCUCAUAUUGAACAUAGGGAUCGCUGUCAAGGUUUCCAAUAAAGUGGAGAUAGAGAUGCCUUUCUCAUACCGGUCUUAUAUUGUUGGACUCUGUGGAAAAUAUGAUGGUGAGAGGCAACUAGAAUUUCUGGGACCAAAAGGUUGUGAUUACAGUGACCAUACUCUCUUUGCUGCUGCCUGGGAGCUUGAUGGUGAUGUGUGCGAUGCUGUGAUCCACAGUGAAAACAAGAAGAAAGUGGAGGAGUACCAGAGCACAUGUCAAAACUCUUCCUACAUUCCUACAGGAGUUUUAUAUCGGUAUGAUCAAAUUGGGUGCACCUCAUGGGAAUACCAAGUGAGGAAGGAAGGACCAUGCAGUUGCACAGCAUUGGUAUUGACUCCAAAGUGCAAUCCAGGAUGCACAAGCAACAUGAAGUCACAGAAGCAGAUCCAGUUCAACUGUAUCAGAGCAGUGGAGCACAGUGAUAAAGACGUCGACUGCAGCAACCCCCAGACUUAUGUUGCCAGUUACCCAACUGGCUGCAGGGCCGAGUGAGAUGGCAAAAAGAGACCAUGUUGUUCAAGAUUGAUGAAAUUGACUACUUUCAUUUAUGACCCCAAAUGCCUCAUUUGUCAGUGGCCUGAGUGUUAUGGCAUAAUAACUUUUGUACAACUUAUUCCUAAUUUGAUUGUAUGUUGGAAGAAAGAAUCAGAAUGACUGAAAUAUGAUAUAUUCACUUUCAAGAGACUUGCUCUUUAUAGUUCAGAAUAAUGCCUUGCUGAUAAAGUAAUGGUUUUGUCAUUUUUGGGAAGCUUCACUUAAAACUUUAGUUUUAUGUAUUAUAAAUUUCCAGUAGUUGUCAAAGGAGAAUUUUGUUAGAAAUAAGCCAUUCAUCCCAUGUUCUCAAGAAUUGUAAAAGGAAAUAUAUAAGAAAAUUCA